AUGACGCUAAUACCGAUAAGAUCGGUAUCGCCUUCAUUCAAAGUAACAUCAACAAUCCAAGGUGGAACCACAAACACACCGGGCUUCGUUCCAAUCGACCUUCUUUUGAGCGGAUACGGCCAGCAACGAAUUCCAGUUGAUUUUGAGCGAACCGAAAGUCUGUUAGACGAAGAAGAUAGCAGGGAAACCAUUGAUAAGCAAGUCCCUCUAGUGCUACAAGAACUCAAUAGAAUAGUCGAUCGAAAUGAACGACUUGUUGGCGGCAGGCCGAUCAUGAAUCAAUUUAUACGCCUUGGGGAACAAAGUUCAGUUAGGGGUAAUGUAGCCGACAUGGCUUUCCGACGGGGACAUUUCUUACGAGCCUUACGAUAUUACGAGAGUGCUGUCGGCGAAUGUUCAAACGACAGAAUUCAAGAUGAACAGGCAAUCGAUCUUCUUGGAAAUAUUGGACACUGCCAUCGUUUCAUGAAUAACGAUGAAAAAGCCGUAGAAUCGUAUACUGAGGCACUUCGAAGAAAUGAACAAUCGGCAAAUCAUUUGAAACGGUCGAAUUGGCACUCAACCUUUGUCCUUCUGAAGACGUGGAAUAUGCCGACCUUCUUUGCUAAGGGUGAAAUUUAUCGAAAUCAACAUCUGCCUAGCGAAGCGUUACCGCUACUGUUACAAGCGUUGGAGCUUCGUCUAGGGCAGAAGGAUCCGUCUACCCAUCCUGCUACCAUGGCACACAUACACUCUUGUCUUGGUUUGACAUUUGGCGCUAAUGAACAAUAUACGGAAGCGCUUGUACAUACCGAAAAAGCGUGGGCAUUGAUGCGAGCCGUUUAUCCCGAUGGAUGUUGCUUAGAUUUAAUUCAUCAAUACGAGCAGAAUGUGGCCGAUAUUCGACUCAAACUUGGCCUUCCAUUUGACCGACAUGUGAAGGUGAAACUAAGCAAGGUGGAUUUUGACGGCAAUCGCAAAUACACAUACAAACCAUACAGUGACGAGAAAACUGAAUUAAGUGAACAUCGUAAUCUUGAUGAAAAUGACAUCGUAUGCGUUACUCAAGCAUUAGUCAAAUGGUCCGGGAACCGAGGAAAAUACACUUAUACUUCGAUAAAAGCUACCCAGUUUGAUUCACCAUCAAAAGUUAGUUGUACCUUAUAG